CAAUUCCAGUUGUUGUUAGCAGAAAUAGAACGCCUGCCGUGUAGAUCGAAAACGCAUUUUCAAAAUGAAAAUGCAAGUGGUUGUACCCUCGUUCGUUAGCCCGUAUUUAUUUUGGGUGCAAAAAGUGUCUUUGGAAAAUCAACUGAUUUUGAAUGACCUCGAAAAAUUAAAACCCUUAAUUUUAAAGAGCAAACCUUUGAAAGCUGCUGCAGGAGAUGUAGUUGCGAUAAUUCGCGGUGAAAAUUUGUGCAGGGCAGAAAUUAUGAAUAUACAACAGUCCUCAAAAACCUACAUGUGUUGGUUGAUUGAUCAUGGUGUCAUUUAUGAAACACAUGAUGUGUAUGAACUCCCUGCACCAUACAAAAUAGCACCGGGAAUUGCAAACCAAGCUUGUCUGAACAAUAUAUUGUUUAUACAUGAGUCAAUGGAUUAUAAUGAAUAUGGUGAUGCCAAAAAAGUUAUAACCCCAAUUGCAGAACCAAAACCAAUGGUAAAGAGCAUAAUUCUACAAUUUAUUGAAAAUUAUGAUUAUAAUUUUGUGAUUGAGGAAGUUCACAGUUCUGGAAUAUUAUUUGGUGAUAUAAUGUUGUUGAAUGUUGAAUCUGAAAAUGAAAAUAUAUCUUUGACUAAAAUGCUUGCUGAACAAGAGGUUGUGCAAAUAAAUCAUAAUAUUUUUAAAAGAGAUAUUUAUGAUAAUAUCCAUUUAUAUAAAAAUAAAUAUAUUAAUGAUCUGAUAAAAUUAUCUUCCAAUGCCAACAUAAAUAUUACCUUGAAAAAUGAGUUUGUCUCUUUAGAUAAAUUAGAGGAAUCUUCAUACACUGGAUCAUCAUUUUCAAAAAGACAUAACAAAAUUACAUUACAUCAAAACCAAGAUAAAGACGUAAAUGAGAAAACUAAACAAAUCUCUGAAAAUGAAUAUGUUGCCCAUCAAAAAUUAAAUGAGAAAAUUACACCAAACAAAAGUUCAGAAUCAGAAAACAUGGAAGACGUUGAAUCGCUUCGUAAAAAACGAUUGGACCACAUGCGAAAUAUACAUAUUACUCGCAAUUACACAGAUUUCGAUUCCGCCUCCACUGACAGUUUGAAGUCUUCUGGUUCGAACAGGGAAUUACGUUCAGUCAAAGUAUAUCGAACCGGAACAGAGAGUGAACAUUCUAAUACGAGUAUCAAGGACGACAUAUCCGGAUCCGGACACGAUACAAACACAGAACACACAAUAAAAUCAAAAUUUCUAAACCUUAAAAAAAAUAUUGCUACCAACAAAUCUGUAGAAUGUAGUUCUGUAAAACCUUCAAAAAUAAAUUUUAUACCUGCCGGCGCAAAUUUGGGUAAUAUAAGAACGAAACAACCCUACAAACAAAAAUCUUCGUCUCAAACUCCGACGGCGAAAAUCGACGCAACGGAACCUCGAGACGUGGACAAUUCGUCUUCGGAAGCGUCGACUGAGUGUCAAAUGAUGGUUAAGCAGCACUGCAAUUGCACGAACUGCAAGCACUACACGAAUGAUGUGUCGUGGAUGACACCACCCAAAACCGACGAAACGUUAGUUCUGGACGUCGUCAAGCCGGCACCUCUAUUCAAGAACCAAGACAUCAUCGAAGACUGCGAAAUAAAGUCGAUACGGUACUCGGAAAUGACGAAGAUCGAAAACAUGAAAUCUCAUCAUGUUCUCGUUCACGGGGUGAACUUUCCGCAACCCUUGAAACAGGUCAAGCAGGCGAAAUUUGAUGAAACCGUUCUAAGAACAUUAACGUUGUCGGGUUUUGUCGAGUGCAAAAACAUUCAGGCUUAUGCUUGGCCCGCUCUUUUUAGAUUGCACAACGUUUUCAUAAUCGACAACGCGAAAUCGGGGAAGACGAUGGCUUAUUUGCCGGUCUUGGCGACGCUGGUUUUGGAUAAAGACCGCUAUCAGAAACUUGGCAACUUUAAAGGUCCCAUCGUCAUUAUUUUGUGUGCCAACAGCAAAAAUUGCGAGGCAAUUCAUGACGCCUUGAGGUUGCUUAUAGGCAGAAACAGAACUAAAAUACUGUGCGAAACUUAUCCCAUCAAAAAUAAAUGCACGGACCUCGUGGAUAUUCUGAUAACUACUCCGUCGAUCCUUUUGGAUCUAAUAAAAAACAAUUCCGUAAUUCUUAAGCGACUCUGCCACCUUGUUAUCGAAGAUGCAGACGUACUUUUUAAAAGGGAAGAUCUACUCCUGGAUAGGAUUUUUAAAGUAACUGAAAAUAUGUUGUCGCACCGAGUCUGUGUUCGAACGGUACAACUCGUGUUGGUCGCAGAGCAUUGGAGUAACAGUUUCAAAACGUUAGGCAAGAAGUUGGCCAAAGUGCCGGUCGUUUGCAUCGGAAAUCCUCUUGAGGCCGCCCGAUAUGGAAAUGUUGAAUUUUCUUUGAAGUUUACCAGUAAUGAUGUUAAAAUAUUGGAGCUCAAACGUUUGGUUAAAGAUACAUACAACAUUUAUAAAACUAUAGUGAUUUGCAGUAGUAAAGACGAAAUCGAUAACAUAGAAGCGAUGUUUGUUAAGAAUGGUAUUGAAUUUGUAAGUGCUAAUACAGAUUCGCUCGAUUCUCUCUUAAGUGCUGAACAACGCUGGAAUAGUUGCUGUCCAGGAAAUUAUAGAGUUUUAAUUUGCACCGAUUACGUUUUUAACACGCAUUUCUCAAUAACGACCGCAAAUGUGUUGGUUAAUUACUCGCUACCGAGCAAUUGGAGAAGAUUUAUGGAGAGAUAUAGCUGUUUCUUGGAAACGAACAGAAACAUGUUUGAUGACGACGUUAAAAUUAAACAUCAAAGUAUGGUAAUUUUCGAUGAAAACUGUACGAAUAAACAGAUCGGAAGGUUCUUAAAAUACUUCGAUUCAUUAGGUAUUGAAUUACCUAAAAAACUUUUAGAAUUGAGUAAAGAAUUGUCUUUGGACGAUGAAAAAGUAAAGGUCUCAGAGAAAGUUGACAUUUGCAAAGAUACACUUUUGUUUGGUAAACCUUGCAAAAACAGUUUUUGCCCCUCAAGACACAUCUUGGACAAAGUUUUAGACACUAAUACUUUACCAAUAAUCGGUAAAAUAAAAUUUAAAAUUGUCAGACAAGAAAACGUGACGCAUUUCCUUGUGCAACUUAUCGAACACAGUUAUAAUGGCGAACUGAAAAAAUUCACUGACGGAAAAGAAAUAACCAAAAAUUUAACAGAACUAUUAUCAAAAGACAGAAUACGGAUGAUAGAGAAUUCCAAUACGAAAUUUUAUGCUUUUUGUGACGAUACUGUUUUUUAUAGAUGUAAACUAAUCAAAGAAAAGGACGAUCAAGUUAAAAUAUUUUUAUUGGAUACUGGAGUCACGUGUACCACGUCAAAAAAUAAACUGUUCGAACUACCGAAGGAAUUCAUCGAUUCGCCCGCAUCAAUCUGCGAAGUAUACCUAGCGAAUUUAAUCCCUCCCUAUGGAGACGACAAUUUCUCGGGCAAAUCGUAUUUCAAGUCCCACGAACUGCUCCAAGAAGCAGACUACAAAAAUUUAAUAUUGAGCGGAAACAUUCAGCUGCAGUUACACGGCAUCUUUUGGCUCGAUAAGAUCGUAGAGGAAGUCGUCUUGUCUAACGACAUCGAAGUUUACCCAUUUAAUCUUUCGAAACGGCUACUACAAAUGAAGCUGGUCGUAUCGAAUGAAAGCCAAUUGGAGGGCCUGUACAAGAUGUGCCGGGAAUUCGACAUACAACUGCCAAACUAUGAAAAACCGAAGAAACAAGAACAAGUCGAACAGGCAACUCCGCAAUGGGCAUUUUUUAAUAUGGAUUCGGUUCACGAUGUUGUUUUUUGUGCCGCAACCGAUCCACACGAGUUUUUCGUUCGCAGACUGACUUUCGAAGCCCAGUUAACAUCGUUGCAGAAGGAUCUGCAGGAGAUGGCAAAGAAAUUCGAAAGGCAAACGGUAAAGGUUUCAGAAAACAAGUGCUACAUGACCCAGGACUCCACAUCCGGGGAAUAUUGUCGAGUUAUUGUGUUGAAAAAACGCGGCGAUCAAACUAGAUGUUUCUUUGUCGAUUACGGUGACGAAGCCAUAAAAAAUGUAUCCGACUUGAAAUUCCUACCGGAUAAAUUGAUAACGAAACUGCCGUUCCAAACGAUACAGUGUCGUUUGUACGGCAUCAAAUCGAUCUUCGAAGAUUGGCAGGCCGAUGCGACCAACAUACUGUACGAAUACGCACUGGAACCGCAAACGGAAAUACUCAGGACUUUGUAUGCAAAGGCAGUUUCGAAGUUGGAGCCAACAAUUGACAAUCAGUACAGAUAUUCAAUCUUGUUGAAGGACGUGUUUGAAGAAAGGCAGGUUUUAAUUAAUCAAUUGUUGAUCGAAUGUGGUUUGGCACAACAAAUCGUCGAUUCGUUUGAAGACUUUGAAAUUAUUGAACAUGUACCAAGACAAGAUUCCGAAGACGACGAAAAUGAAGAACGUGACCAUGGAAGACUGAGGGAAGAACAAAUAUUAAAUAAUCAAGAAAAAAUAAGUAAUGCACAAGUAGAGGAUGACGACGACGAUAAAUAUGAUGUUUGUAUCAAUAAUAUCCAAGCAUUUUUAAAUGAGCUGAAUAAAUCAAGAGUUUCGAACAAACCGAUAGAUUCUAAACCGCAACUCCCAAUGAUUAAAAAUGCUCCAGCUGUGGAUUACUUAACCCCAGAGGUCCUGUGGUCCCAAACUGAUCAUGUUAUCAAGUUGAAUAUCAAAAUUGCCGACGUUAAAGAUUGUAAUAUUUCAAUAAAUAAAACGAGAAUGUUCAAAUUUACUACAGAAAAACAGGAAAAGAAAUAUAACGUUUCCUUAAUGUUAUAUGAGAGAAUCGUAAGUUUCCAACAUUCGAUUUUCGGUCAGGAGGUGAAAGUGACUAUGAUCAAAAAGGUUGAUGAAAUGUGGCCGAGGCUCACGCUUUCCAAUGAGAAAUAUAGAAAUAUUCACUAUGAUAUUGCCGCCAUACCAGAGGAGAAAGAUGAAGAUGAAAAACCGAUACUUACGUUGCCCAAAGAAUUGGACGAGGACGACGAAGACGACAACGACAAUGAUUCAGAUGAGGCAAAUCAAAUUAUACUUUCCGAUUGCGACAGCGAAUAUUUUGAAGAUGUAGAAUCUGAUUCUUUUUAAACUUGUUACCGGUUUUUAUUUUUAUUUUUUUUUAAAUAAGUAUUAAAUAUAUUUUGUUGGUGUGAUGUAUGAUUAAUUAAUUAAUUAACUGUUAUUUUAAUGUAAAUACGACCUUUUCUUAUGAUUCUUGAGGCCUACUAUCACAAAAAUUAGUAAUUUUAAAAUGACUUGUUUAUCCUUACAUGAAUUUUUAUAAUAAAUUAUAUAUAUUUAUGUUACAUAUGAACUACACAUUUGUUUGUUAUUUUUGAAUGUAAAAAUUUUUUUGUUAAAGAAAGUUAAACAUGCAUAUUUAGUGUUUCUGUUUUCAUAUUGGUGUUCGUUCAGUUUAAUUAAAGAACUCCUAAGUAAAAAUGAA